AUGGGGAUGGACAGACGGAGACGAGCGUCUCUUGCACUCACCUUGAACUUCAUUGCGCUUCUGUUCGCCGUUUCCGCACUUACUACCAGUUAUUGGUGCGAAGGAACCCGGAAAGUUGUAAAGCCGUUUUGUACGGGGCCAUUUACUACAAAACAGUCGUACUGCAUUAGGUUUAACAGCUCAAACCUAAACGACACCCGCCUGGUCCAGUAUAUUUGGGAAACUGGAGAGGAUAAGUUUGUCAUGAGGAAAUUUCAUUCCGGAAUUUGGUUUUCGUGUGAGCAAAAUGUCAACAUGAUCGGUGAAAAAUGCAGAAGUUUUCUGAACAUUGCACCACCCCAUGAAAGAGGUGUCCUGUGGCUGUGCAUCGUGGCCGAGUGCCUAUACAUCCUGCUGCUAUCCACAGGAGGCAUCCUGAUGUCCAUAGAGGUGUGCCAUUUUGGCAGCGUCAUCGAUGGCCUCAAGCUGAACGCCUUCGCCGCCAUAUUCACCGUCCUGUCAGGCCUCCUUGGGAUGGUAGCCCACAUGAUGUACACCACAGCAUUCCAGUUAACCGUUAGUUUGGGCCCAGAAGACUGGAAACCACAGACCUGGGACUACAGCUGGUCAUACAUACUAGCAUGGAGCUCCUUCACUGCCUGCAUGGCCUCUUCCGUGACCACCAUCAACCGCUACACAAAGACUAUUCUGGAGUUCAAGCACAAGCGCAAGAACAUCGAGAAGAACCUGAAGAUCAAGCAGAAGCUGCUGGACCUGGAGUCCCCGGACCAGGUGUGGGACAUGUACAUCAGCUCCGUCCCCAGCUCCGCCGCCGAGGAGCUCCUGGACCUGUCCAGCUCGGGGCGCAAGCUCUCCAACAACUCCGUCUUCCUGGACCUCAACGAUCUGCCCGACCACCACCACCACCACCAUCACCACCACCAGGUGGAGGAGUACUGCUGAGGUAUCGCCCCCCAAACAGAAGAGGCCUGCGCUGGGUGUCACGUGCUGCCGUUCUUCCCUCUCUCUCUCUCUCUCCCUCGCCCGCCCAAACAACCUCCACUCUCCUCAUCCAACUACUGCGGCCUGC